GCGGGUCCACCCGCCGCGAAGGCCUCUGGGAAGAGGCGGGGAACAAUAUGGCGGAUGGCGAGGAGCCGGAGAAGAAAAGAAGGAGAAUAGAGGAGCUGCUGGCUGAGAAAAUGGCUGUUGAUGGUGGGUGUGGGGACACUGGAGACUGGGAAGGUCGCUGGAACCAUGUAAAGAAGUUCCUCGAGCGAUCUGGACCCUUCACACACCCUGAUUUCGAACCAAGCACUGAAUCGCUCCAGUUCUUGUUAGAUACAUGCAAAGUUCUAGUCAUUGGAGCUGGUGGCUUAGGAUGCGAGCUCCUGAAAAACCUGGCAUUGUCUGGUUUCAGACAGAUUCAUGUUAUAGACAUGGAUACUAUAGAUGUUUCCAAUCUAAAUAGGCAGUUUUUAUUUAGGCCUAAAGAUGUUGGAAGACCCAAGGCUGAAGUUGCUGCAGAAUUCCUAAAUGACCGAGUUCCUAACUGCAAUGUGGUCCCACAUUUCAACAAGAUUCAAGAUUUUAAUGACACUUUCUACCGACAAUUUCAUAUUAUUGUUUGUGGCCUGGACUCUAUCAUAGCCAGAAGAUGGAUCAAUGGAAUGCUGAUAUCUCUUCUAAAUUACGAAGAUGGUGUGUUGGAUCCAAGCUCCAUUGUCCCUUUGAUAGAUGGAGGGACCGAAGGCUUUAAAGGAAAUGCCCGGGUGAUUUUACCUGGAAUGACUGCUUGUGUUGAGUGCACCCUGGAACUUUAUCCACCGCAGGUCAAUUUCCCCAUGUGCACCAUUGCAUCUAUGCCCAGGCUACCAGAACACUGUAUUGAGUAUGUAAGGAUGUUGCAGUGGCCUAAAGAGCAGCCUUUUGGAGAUGGGGUUCCAUUAGAUGGAGAUGACCCUGAACAUAUUCAGUGGAUUUUCCAAAAGUCUGUAGAGAGAGCAUUACAGUAUAAUAUUAGAGGUGUUACCUAUAGACUCACUCAAGGGGUAGUAAAACGAAUUAUUCCUGCAGUAGCUUCUACAAAUGCAGUCAUCGCAGCUGUGUGUGCCACUGAGGUUUUUAAGAUAGCCACAAGUGCAUAUGUUCCCCUUAAUAAUUACUUGGUGUUCAAUGAUGUAGAUGGACUGUACACAUACACAUUUGAAGCAGAGAGGAAGGAAAAUUGUCCCGCAUGUAGCCAGCUUCCGCAGAACAUUCAGUUUUCCCCGUCAGCUAAACUACAAGAGGUUUUAGACUAUCUGACCAAUAGUGCUUCUCUGCAAAUGAAGUCCCCAGCUAUCACAGCCACAUUAGAGGGGAAGAACAGGACACUUUACUUACAGUCAGUAACAUCUAUUGAAGAACGAACAAGGCCCAAUCUUUCCAAGACGUUAAAAGAAUUGGGACUCGUUGAUGGACAAGAACUGGCUGUUGCUGAUGUUACCACACCACAGACUGUACUAUUCAAACUUCAUUUUACUUAAGGAAAAUAAAUCUAUAAACAAUAGAAAAUUCAUAGAAAUAAUAUACUUUAUGAAUGCUAAGAAAUAUAAUUGAAGAGUGGGGAAGGUGAGGCCGAGGGGACAUCCAAGAAAGGAAAUUUAAUUGAUGUCAUUUUUAGCAUUAGUGUUGCUAGAAUUUGACUUUUAUAUAUAUAUAUAUAAAAUGAGUGACUCUUUUUUAACUUUCUAAGUUUCUCUGGAAGACUGAACUUUGGGGUUGGGCUAGUAAGCAUUCUCAUUAGUCAUACGGAAAACGAUGCUUGGAGAGAAAGAUUAUGAACAAAUGUAUUGCUCCUUAAAGCAGGACAAACACUGUCUUUUGUGUGAGUUUGUUAUUAUGGUCAAAGAACGUAUUCCUCAGCUUUCAUUUGAGUGUCCACAUGCAUAGAAAUGUAUCCUUGAAUGGAAAUGAGGAAUUAUGUUAUAGGAACAUUAAAUAUUACAACCUGACAUCUACGUAUAUCAGACAUAGGCUGUUUCUUCAUUACUACUCAUAUAAUUGUGGCUAUCCAAAUGUGUAUUAUUGUAGAGUUUAACUUAUCCAUAAUAAUUUGUAAACAGUAUUACAGACUAAUAAUACCUGUGCAUGAAAAUAUGAAGUAUUUUCAUGUGUUUAUUUGCAAUGCCAUAGAGACCACUAUGCACAAACUUAAACCAAGACAAUGGCUGUUCAAAGAAAAUUAAUGUUUAAACAGUUAUCACUGAUGCUUUUGCACUAUUUAUUAAUAAAACCAUACAUUGUCUACUUUUUUAUUGGAAUUUUAAAGUAUAUUAAUAAUAAAUAGUUCCAUAGUGGUGUUGAAUAAUUUUUAAAUAUUUAAGUUAUUACCAAAUUUUUGUUGCACCUAAGUUAAAAUUUUGCUGAUAAAUGGGAUGGCUAAAUUUUUAUAAUAAAUGCCUGUUUUUUUUUAAAAAUACUAAAAUCAAAGUGGAAUGCAAAUACUAAAAAAAAAACCCCAAAAACCUGCUGUUGUAAUAUUUUAAUGUGGGAACAAAUAGUACCUGUUUUUUCAUUCUUUGUUUUUUAUUUAGUUUACGGUAUUUGUUUAAUUGUUUCAUUGUACUUUUUUAUUUGUAAGAUUUGUGGAAUGUUAGUGGAUAAAGUCAGUCUGUCUUUCUGGUGUGGGUAUGAUGCAGGGAUAGAACCUAGGACCUCCUGUUAGUAUUCAGGCAUCUGUUCUGGCCUGCCCCUGGGAUUCUGAUAGGCUAUGACCUCAGCUGUAGUCACUAGAGCACCUCCUGUUGCAGGGUCACUGUGUGUAACUGUGUUCCCUUUUUAAAGGGCCCUGACUCUCUUUCCCCCUUCUCUCUCUUCCUCUCCCUCUUCUGCUUCUCCUCCUCUUCCCCCCUCCCCUCCCUUCCUCUUCUCUCUCUGUGCCUGUCUUCUUUUUUGCUGAUCCUGUCCCCAGAGGCUGGUCUCUCCUUUCCCUUCCCUCUUUUUACAUUCCCUUUUCCUUAAUAAAAAUCCCUCCACAUGAA